UGCGGCGGUAAGCCCGUGACAUCAUCGGGGAAGAGUACGAUCGUCAACCCUUUUGGGUCAGCCUGUCUCAAGUGAUGGAUAUAUUCAUGAGGAUCCGCGCCAGCGGCUCCAAAGACAUUUUCGAGAAAGUAAUUCUGUGUUCCACUUUUGGUGAUCUCUCACCCACACCAAGAAUCUGUGUUUUUCUUCUGUGGUGAAAGAACUAGUGGUGAACUGACGACCAGAACGACGAGCUGAGCUGCCAAGAUGCUCGGAAAGAAGUCCAUACGCGUCAAUGGCGCCGACUGUGGUGUUGAGGCCCUGAUCCUCGGGGCCAUCACCUCGAUCGGCGGCUUUCUUUUUGGCUAUGAUACCGGCCAGAUCUCGGGCAUGCUGCUGUUCCGAGACUUCAAAGAUCGCUUCGGUCAGGUCGACACGCCGGAGGGCCGAGACUUUCAGCCCAUCAUUCAGUCCCUGCUCGUCUCGUUGAUGAGUAUCGGUACACUCUUGGGAGCCUUGAGCGCUUCUUACACUGCCGACUGGUGGGGCCGUAGAAAGAGUCUCACGUUCGGUGUCGGUGUUUUCAUCAUCGGCAACAUCAUUCAAAUCACCGCCAUGAACCACUGGGUCCACAUGAUGAUGGGCCGCUUCGUGGCCGGCUUGGGCGUCGGCAACCUCUCUGUCGGUGUUCCCAUGUUCCAGUCCGAGUGCUCACCCCGAGAGAUUCGUGGUGCCGUUGUCGCCUCGUACCAGCUCAUGAUCACGUUCGGUAUCCUCAUCGCCAACCUUGUCAACUAUGGCGUAAGGGAGAUUGAGGACCAGUCCGCUUCGUGGAGGAUUGUCAUUGGGCUGGGCAUCGCCUUUUCCUUGCCCCUCGGUCUAGGUAUCUUGUUGGUUCCCGAAUCCCCAAGAUGGCUUGCCGCCAGAUCCAGGUGGGACGAAGCUCGUCUGUCACUGGCGCGUCUUCGUGGCAUGAAGAACGACCCUCAACACCAGCUUGUCGAGGACGAUAUGGUGGAGAUGAAGGGAAUUCUUGAAAAGGAGCGUGCUGUUGGCGUCGGGUCCUGGGCCGAGUGUUUUGUGCCAAAGCCCAAUGGUGUGCCCAAGCAGGUGUACCGUACGAUUCUCGGCAUCUCGCUCCAUUUCCUUCAGCAGUGGACCGGCGUCAACUACUUCUUCUAUUAUGGCGCCACCAUCUUCGAGUCGGCUGGCAUUGAAGAUCCAAUCCAAACACAGCUCAUUUUGGGCGCUGUCAAUGUGGCCUGCACCUUUUAUGGCCUAUAUGUCGUCGAAAAGUACGGUCGUCGGUGGCCUCUGCUCAUCGGCGCAAUUUGGCAGGCGGCGUGGCUCGCUGUGUUUGCCUCGAUGGGCACUGCGUUGGAUCCCGAGAACAACCGGACUUCAGGUAUCCUCAUGAUCGUGUCGGCCGCCAUGUUUAUUGCCUCCUUCGCUGUCACGUGGGGGCCGAUCUGCUGGGUCGUCAUCGGUGAAACCUUCCCUCUGCGCACCCGUGCCAAGCAGGCCUCCUUGGCCACUGCUGGCAACUGGCUUGGAAAUUUUAUGAUUUCCUUCCUCACGCCCCUUGCAACCGAUGGCAUUGGGUAUGCCUACGGUUUUGUGUUUGUCGCCACCAACAUCGCGGGCGCACUGCUGGUGUACUUCUUCCUCUACGAGUCGGUCAGUCUCAGUCUGGAGAACGUCGACACGAUGUACAGCCAACCCGAUCUGAAGCCCUGGACGUCCAAGAAGUGGAUGCCCCCCGGAUAUGUCACACGCAUGAAUAGAGACGAAGACUUCUUCCACAACGACGGGGCUCAGCAUGCCAGCGGAGUUGAUGAUUUGGAUGACCGGACCACCGCUGUACCAAGCGGCAGGCCUAGCCGGGUGGUUGAUGAAGAAAAGAAGGCCGACGGCGUCAACGGGCUGGGAGCCACAGAGUCGAGGGAAGAAAGGGUCAACCGGGCGGUGUGAAGGUUUUGAGGGGUGUGUAAAAGGAUUGUUUUCUUUCUUGCGGCCGUAUGCACAGUGGAGUUUGGGAGCGCUUGGAGUACCCCAUGUUUUUGUUUCGGUUUAUUCUUUGGCGGCAUGAGCUAUGAACUAUGAAGCAUGAUGAUGAUUCUGACCAUUUGAGCACUUUUCUGUGUGAAUUGUGAAGAUUGACGGGUAACGGGCGGCUGGAGGAG